AUGGCGAGUGAAGAGAAACCACCGAGUCUCAAAAUUGAUAUGACUGUGCCGAUCCGAAACAAAUGGCAUCCAGUCACAGUGCUCGGAUCGGGUGCAUUCGGAAAAGUGAUGCAUGUCGUGAACAUCAAUGACGGGUCGGAUGCAGCAAUAAAAUUGGAGAAAUCUGGAGAGGGAAAGGAUUCGAUUCUGAAGAUUGAGGUGGAAGUGAUGCGUGCAAUGGCUGGUGUCAAGUGUGCAAUUCAACUGUUGGAUAAUGGAUCUGAACCCGAUUAUCGAUUCGUUGUCAUGACGUUGUGUGGGAUGGAUUUACAGAAAGUAUAUAAUGGUCUCAAAGGGAAAUUCUCGGAUUCCACGAUUCUUCGUCUUGCGAUUCGUAGCUUGUUGGCUGUGAAAGCGCUCCACGAGAAAUGCUACAUCCAUCGAGACCUGAAACCAUGUAAUGUCACGUUAGACUAUAACGAAGAGUCCCCUAUUAUAUUCCUGAUUGAUUUCGGAAUGGGACGACAAUUCGGAAUGUUCCAUGAAGAUUUCUCAAAGAAAUUCGUUAUCCGUCACCCCAGAGACUCUUGCCGCUUCCGUGGAACCUAUCGUUACUGUUCUCCACGUAUGCAUCUCCGUAGGGAACAAGGACGAGUCGAUGAUCUUUGGGCUUGGUUGUACAUGAUUGUCGAGUUGAGAGUCGAACUUCCAUGGGCUGAUGUUGUGAAUCCGGAUAGGAUUGAGGUCUUGAAACAGGAUCGAUUCGAUGCGGCACUCAACAGCAAUCCACUAACUAAAGCCCUCGAUCCAAUCCACCAACACCUAAAAACUCUUGAUUACGCCUGCCGUCCGAACUAUUGGAUGAUGUACGAACAUUUGGCAAAAAUGAUGGUUGACAUCAAGGCAAAGCACACGGAUCCAAUGGAUUAUGACGACUUGCGGAAGAAGAAGAGUGAGAUGGAUCCUAUCAAGAAGAAAUACAUGAAAAAGCCACGUUCCAUGGAGAAAUUGAUGGAUGAGAAGUCGACGCUGACGAUGUUUGAAGAGGCAUUCCGUCCGAAUGUCAAAGAUGUUCCUGGUGGAGAUCAGUUCAUUGUGAAAGCUCUUUUGAAGCUACCGUGGGGAUCUGUGGGAGCUGAUCAAGUCAACGCACAGAAAGAAGAAGGAGUUGGCGAUACCGAAGAUGAGAAGAAAAAGGAGAAGGAUAAUGAGUCGAAUGAGGAUAAAAAGAAGGAGUUGGAGAAGAAAAAAGAAGAGGAAAAGAAGAUAGAAGUCAGAUCGAGAUCCAAGAAAGAAAAGGAGAAGAAGACGGAAAGAUCCAAGGAAUUCCGUGAACCAAAAGAUUCCAAGGAUCAGAAGAAACGUCAUAACACUCACACAGCUCGUGAACCACAUACUCAUGGAAAGGGAUCUGAUGUGAAAUCGAAAGAAAUCAAGGAUACGGAACAGAGAACGAAUAGAAGCAGUGAUAAACUUAAGAAGACGAAGACGGCAGGUCAUCAUCGGAAGAAGGAAAAAGGGAAGAAGGAGAAGCCGGAAUCGUCGACCAACUCGAAGAAACGCGUCGGUUCUCAUGGACUUCUUCCAGUGACGCCGACGGCGACUGUUCCGAGAAAAAAAGGAUGA